AUCUGAAACCUGAUAAGGUGAGAUUACUUCAUAAUGAAAAGGUUUCUAUGUUUGGAGAAGAAUCAUUUAAUGAUCGCAUGGAAACCGACUAAGGAUGAGAAGUGGACUUAUUGUUGUGAUGAUUUCGCUGUGGUUCUUUCUCGCAGGAGCUACCCGAAUGGAGCAAAGGAUUCUAGAGAAAAUUGCAGAGGGUAAGCCUACCCCGUUGGGGAUGGUGCGGUGCACACCUACUGCUUGUUGUCCUGCGCAAAAAUUCAGAUGUUGCGAAGGAGGACAUUGGUGUUGCCUUGGAAAAUCGAGUAUAAAAGUGAAAACUAGUUGGUGUUAAAACUGAUCUUCAACUAUCACCAUCCGAAAAUAAGAAAGAAACAUACUUCAAUCUUAGGUGCUGACUUUUCCCUUUAAUUGGAAAGGGCAAUGGACCAAACAAAUAUAUAAAAAACUGCCGAGAGUUUAUAUUAUGUAUACAAAUUAUAUAAAACGAUCAAUGUAUAUAAUCAGGGAAUUAUUGUAAAUAGAAAAAUAUAUUAGUGUGUAUUUAAAAUAAAUUUAUAU